GAAACUCUAUUUUAUAUCUCCAUCUCGCAGUGGAAACGCGAAUAUAAGAUGUUAAAAGAGCAGGGGAUGAAUUAGGCUAAAGUAAAAUCAAGGGGGGGAAAUGGACGCAUUGUAUUAAAAGCAAUGAGGAGAUUAUUCAACAUUAUGGAAUCACAUAACAGUCUAUACCAGUUUAAAUUGUUACUUUUUCAUCGGCAAAUGAAUUUAACAUAAUACAUGUAUAUUGAUGGUAUUGUUGAAACAAACUCAUUCGCCAGUGUCUGUGACGUUUGUAUAAAAAAUGACACAAAUGUAGCCUACAACAACAUGUGCACAACGCUGGCAACCAUUCUGUAAAUAUUUCAGAGUAAAAACAUUAACAGCGGAGGAAACACGCAAUUGUUUUCCCUGCUUAUCUCUUUGGGACAAGUAUCCUGCUUUUUGGAGCUGCAAUGAAGGCAGGGCUUGCAGUGACACACAUAGCUUCCUUCUCAAAGCGGUGACUUCACUUCCCAAAUGUAGAGAAAAAAACCAUCCGGUAACUGUCUCUUUCUCUCUGCGACAUAUCGGGGACUGGAAUUAAUUCAGGAGCGUGUCAUGUUUGGAAUAUUGUUGGGGUUCGCUGAAAAUUGCGCAAAAUGGACGGAACUAUUAAGGAGGCACUGUCAGUGGUGAGUGAAGACCAGUCCUUGUUUGAGCCUCCUUACGCUGCUGCUGCCCCUCUACCCAAGACAGACAUGACUGCAUCUGGUACACAGGACUACGUCCAGCCCCACAAAAUCAACCCAUUACCCCCUCAGCAAGAGUGGAUUAACCAGCCAGUCCGAGUGAACGUCAAGAGAGAGUAUGACCACAUCAAUGGAUCCAGCAGGGAGUCCCCAGUGGACUGCAGUGUGGGGGGUAAAUGCAACAAGCUGGUGGGGGGCAAUGACACAUCUCAGAUGAGUUACGGAAGCUACAUGGACGAGAAGAACGCUCCGCCCCCCAACAUGACCACCAAUGAGAGGAGAGUCAUCGUCCCCGCAGAUCCGUCGCUGUGGUCUCAGGAUCAUGUCCGCCAGUGGCUAGAGUGGGCCAUCAAGGAGUACGGCCUGCUGGAGAUGGACACGGCCAUGUUCCAGAACACAGACGGCAAGGAACUGUGUAAGAUGAGCAAGGACGACUUCCUCCGACUGACCACCAUGUACAACGCUGAAGUCCUACUCUCUCAUCUCAAUUACCUCAGGGAAAGUAGCUCAUCAUUAUCCUACAACACUCCAUCUCACACGGACCAGUCUCCACGCCUGGCUGCCAAAGAAGACCCUUCAUAUGAUGCUGUACGGCGGACUGGAUGGUCGAACAACAUGCACAGUGGAAAAGGCUCGCCGGUGGUCACACAGAACGUGUCCAAGUCCACUGAACAGCCCAGACCUCAGCCAGAUCCUUACCAGAUCCUGGGGCCCACCAGCAGUCGACUGGCCAACCCAGGUUCAGGACAGAUCCAGCUGUGGCAGUUCCUGCUGGAGCUCCUGUCAGACAGCACCAAUGCUGGCUGCAUCACCUGGGAGGGCACCAAUGGAGAGUUUAAGAUGACUGACCCAGACGAGGUGGCGAGGCGCUGGGGCGAGAGGAAGAGCAAGCCCAACAUGAACUACGACAAGCUGAGCCGCGCCCUGCGCUACUACUACGACAAGAACAUCAUGACCAAGGUGCACGGCAAGCGCUACGCCUACAAGUUUGACUUCCACGGUAUCGCUCAGGCCCUUCAGCCCCACCCCACCGAGUCCUCCAUGUACAAGUACCCCUCGGACCUUGCAUACGUGCCCUCCUACCAUGCCCACCAGCAGAAGGUCAACUUCGUGUCCCCACAUCCCCCCUCCAUGCCCGUCACCUCUUCUAAUUUCUUUGGACCCACUGCUCCGUACUGGAGCUCCCCUACAGGGGGCAUCUACCCCAACCACAGCGUCCCCCGCCACCCCAACUCCCACGUGCCCUCCCACCUAGGCAGUUACUACUAAACCCCACUGCACCAUGACGUCUUCCCCAACCUUCUCUCCCCCCAACCAAACCCACCAGUGCUGAUCUGAAACCACAAUGAAACCAAACCAACUAAGACCGAGAGAAAGGGCGAUUCUCCGCCUGGACCCAAAGUCUGCUCUUAACUGGCAAGAUGAAGAAAACUAACUGAAGAAAGCUACCUGAAGAAAGCUAACUGAAGAAAGCUAACUGAAGAGAUCUAACUGAAGGAAUGUUUGAAGGAUAAAAAAAACUGGAUGUUCCAAAUGGAGUACUACUUAUUUACAAGACAAGAGACUGUUUCCAUGUUUGUUUUGUUCAGUUUUUCAGUUUGUCUGUGUUUUUUGUGCCAUGUGUCCCUUGAAAACAGCACCCAUGGGCCAGUUCAGAGUGCCCCCAAAAUCUAGACACGUUACCCACACAGACGCAGCCUUAUCGAGAGACCAUAGAGGCUCUCAUACCUACUUUGUGCCUGAUCACAGACAUGGACCCAUUCUCCAUGUGUCUCAAUCUACAUUUCCCUCAUAUGAUAAAGCUCCUGCCUUGUUCCUCGUUCCAGUCCUGUAUGGGGUCUCAGAUCAACAUCAUGUUCGUCUGUCUCAUGUUCUGUUAUCAGUCCGUCCAUCUGCAUCCGGUAUAGGUAGGGCUUUAAAGAAAAGGACUUCUCAGCACUGAAUGAAAAUGAAAUGUUGGCAACUGGAAUAUGCCAUUGAUUCACACUUAUCUUAUCCUCCAAACUGGAAGUUGGCGAAUUGGAGACCAGAGUUGGAAGUGAAGCGCUGUAGCUAUGUUUUCAGGGGGCCACACACCGGUUGGCUGUUGUUAUAGGAACUAUGCUGUUUGUCCUCUUCAGCCAUUGGUUCGUUCCAUUUCCAGAUGUUUUGUUGGACCAAGUCAUUAUUAAUGUGAAUGCCCUCUGGUCCAUGGAACACAUCCUCAAUUUGACAAUCACAGUUGUUUGUCUGUCCAGGCCAGUCAAGUGUCUCUGUGCAUUCAUACUGCACUGCCAUUUCAAAACGUGCAUUUUCAGAUGUUUAAAGUUUGUUGUAUGAAAGAAAUAAUUGUAUUUAAACAGCUGAAUAUGGACUUGUUUCACUACUUCUUGAAAAUAAAUGGUUUACUAAAUAAAGAACAAAACCAAUAAAGUAAGAAAGGAUGAAAACGUAGAAAUCCUCAGAUUCGCGAAUGCUGUGCGUUCGUCAGACCUAUUUUCUAUUAUUUUGUAAACAUUGGUCAACUAGGCAUUAAAGCAACUUACUGUAUAAAUUAUGCAGAGUUAUUUUCAUAUGUGACAGUUUUAAAAAGUCAAGAGAAUUAAUACGAGUUGACCUCGGUCAAAAAUGCAAACAUUGUUAAGUCCGUUACUGAUAUAUAGUAUGUUCAACAUUUUUAAACGUUUUAUAUCUGUACAUUUGGGCAGUCCAUUUUUACAUGAUUUUUAUUUUAUUUUAUGAAAUUCAAUUUGUAAUGUCCUCAGUGCCUUGGAGUGAACACAAGAUUUGUUCUAGCUAGUUAUUACCAAAAACCACAAAUGCCUGCUUGAAUCAUAAUCCUAUACUUAUAGUCAAUCUGUUAUUCUGUAUAUACCAUGCUUUUGGUUGCUUUCAAUUCUAAAAUAGGCCAACAAUACUUGUCAUGUCUCAUAUCAUUAAGCCAACCACCCAGAAAUUGCCAGCUUUUGUCUGUGCCUUUAAAUUGGCCUGGUAUAUUAUGCAAAAGAGCACAGACACCCCUUAUAUUCACAGCAAGCAUCUCUUUUAAGCUCGAUUGCUUUAGAUGUGUGAAUUAAAGGGAAUUUGUUAGAUGUAGCAUGAAGGUAAUAAUCUAAAAUGUACCCUUUACAUCCACCUCUCAUAAACAGUAAUGUUCAAUGAAAGGGGAGCUGUGCUACUUCGUAUAUGCAAUGUAUUUUGGAUAUUAAAUAUAUAAAUGUAAUUUUGCAAUUAACCAUUUUAUUAUUAUCGUAAUUCCUGCCAUGUAUUAAGUACUAACUUUUGAAAAAGGGCUUUUGUAUAGGAAAGAAAUUUGACAAAAUAAAAGUUUUUACUUCUGAACAUA